AUGGAUUCGGUUCUUCCAUUGGCCGUCGCAUCUGUUAUUCUCGGAGCGUUGAUCGCCGUCCUCUUCUUCGGUAGCUACUUCCGGAAGCGGACAUCGGAGGUGCAGUCCAUGGCCAAAGCGGAGCCUCAGGAUCUGAUCCGGAAUCCCAAAUCGAACCCCAAGAAGAAUCAUCCCAAAUCUCACGCGUCCGACAAGGUACUUUCUACUCCAUUAGCGGUGCCAACUGAGAUUUGCGAACAAAUCCGAGUUUAG